CAACAGAACACCAUGAACCCCCCCACCGAACAGACAGUCAGAACCCGCAUCUGUCUGAUCUCAGACACGCACACCAAUGCCCCCAGCGGCCCUCAAUGCACCUCGAACCCCUACCGUUACCCAUUCCCCAAAGCCGACAUUCUCCUCCAUGCGGGUGACAUCACCCGAGUCGGCCGCAAAAGCGAGCACGAGCAGAUGCUCUCCAUGCUCAAGGAGGCACCUGCAGAGCUGAAGAUUGUCAUUGCAGGAAACCACGACAUCACGCAUGACGAGGAGUACUACAAUAGGGUGGGCUAUCUUCGACAUCGACGGCCCGGGACUGAUUUCGAGCUGUAUCCGGGUGGUGGUGAGUUUACAAGAGAAACAGACGAUAAAUGGAGAGAAAACCCCCAAGAAAUCAGACAACUAUACACAUCCCCCGACGCCCAGGGAGCCGGAAUCGUCUACCUAGACGAAUGUCUCAAGACCUUCUCCCUCUCCAACGGCGCCUCCUUCACGCUCUAUGCAUCCCCUUACACGCCGGAAUUCUGCCAAUGGGCCUUUGCCUACGAUCCGGCAAAAGAAGACCGAUUCAACCCCAAUGAACAGCAAGGACAGCAACAUCCCUCAAACCCGAUCCCCGACUUUCCCGACGUGGACAUUCUCCUAACCCACGGCCCGCCACAGGGGAUCUUCGACGAAGUCUCCCCGUCCGGCGAGCAUGUAGGUUGCCCUCACCUUCUCCGGGCCGUGAAGCGUGCAAAACCCCGUCUGCACGUCUUUGGACAUAUCCACGAGGGCUACGGGGCGGGCCGGAUGAACUGGGCCUCGAAUGCAUUGGAUGAGAUCCGGUCUGAUCCUGAGGAGAGGCUGGAGCAGAGGUGCGCCUAUUACAAUGCUAGUGGGGGGUCUGUUGCGGAUGCGUGGAGCAAUCUGAAGCCGUCGUCGAAUGCGAGGAAGCUGGUUCAUGGGGAAGAGACGCUGUUUGUGAAUGCUAGUGUAGUGACGGUGGCGUAUCGGGCUACGAAUGCGCCGUGGGUUGUGGAUUUGGAUUUACCUGCUGCCAGUGGGGGAGGAAGAGGGAGGAAUCUAGGGGAGUGAUCUGUCUGUUUUAUUGUACACUGUUGUGUUAUGUCUUAGAUCAGAGUAAUAGUCAUGAUAUUGCAAUGGUGAGGGUAUCCAGUACUCUCCAAAUAAAACAACAUAAGAAGAACAUUAUGAACAAAACUCAUCCGGUAUAUUUUUAUGG